CCUCUCAGCGCUACAUUGUUGCAGAUCCUCUUCCUCUUCUUCACUUCACUCCCUCGCCACCAUCGACAGGAGACCCAGGUCCCGGUACAUAACGAACACCAUGGCAGAACAGGAACCUACAGCAGAGCAGCUGGAAGAGCUUGCAGCAGCCAACAAAGAAAGCGAAGCCUCAGUCAACUACAAACCUCCGGCCCAGAAGAGCUUACAGGAGAUCCAGCAGCUGGACGAGGAUGAUGAAAGCCUGCGCAAGUACAAGGCGGCGCUGCUGGGCAACGUUGCUGCAGUCGCCGAUCCCAGCGCCCCAAACGUCCAGGUGACUCGUAUGACUCUGGUUUGUGAGACGGCUCCGCAGCCUCUGGUCCUCGACCUGCAGGACUUGGACAACUUAAGGAAGAACCCAUUUGUGCUGAAGGAGGGAAUCGAAUACAGAAUAAAGAUCAACUUCAAGGUCAACAAGGACAUCGUGUCGGGCCUGAAGUACACCCAGCAGACGUCCAGGAAAGGAGUCAAACUUGACAAGACGGACUACAUGGUCGGCAGCUACGGGCCCAGACCGGCCGAGGAAUACGAGUUCUUAACCCCCAUGGAGGAGUCACCCAAAGGGAUGCUGGCCCGCGGCACCUACACCAUCAAGUCCAAGUUCACCGACGACGACAAACACGAUCACCUGUCCUGGGAUUGGAGCAUCACCAUCAAGAAGGAUUGGACAAAUUGAUUUCCCCUCAAUGUCGUCCAUCAGCGUCUUCCUCUGCUUUGUCCCUCCUUUCUUUUUUUAUUUCUUGCUAUCAUUCCAUCAUUUCUGUCUGGAUUCUGAAUUGAUUUAAGCUUCUGCUCUCUCCGUCCAUUGACAGCCCUUUCUUACGGUUUCAUUUUUCACUUUUUCUAAAUUCCAAUCACUUCAUCAUUCCUCCCAUCGUAGCGCUUUCGUUUGUUUGCAGCCGCCCUUUUUUUUGUUAAGAAUCAAAUCUUUUAAAAAAAAUGGAGAAAGCAACAAUGUGAACAAUCCAGAUUUUGCGGUUGUUUGUUUAUAAAAGAAGAAAAAAAAAGAAAAAAAGAAUAUAUAGUCUUUUAACUGCUUUUCGAAAAGUGAUAAACUGUGAUUCACUCUGCUCUUCAACCCUUUCUUUUCUUUUCUUCCCCCUUUUUCAUUCUUUAUUUUUCAGAUUGUUUUGUACAAUUACCGUGAUCUGCCUUGGAAAGCAUUGUUCAGGGAGCAGUAGUGCUGUAAGUGCGUGGCCACUGUACGCUCAUUGCUGGACACACAACUCUUGGAAACAGGCCUCCUAAAGCCUUUGAGCAGAUUAUUUGUACCAGGCUCUGGGUAAAUUAUUUUCAAAUGAUUUAGCACCCUAGCAAAGUCUGCUGAGAGAACGGGGUAAAGUAAAUGACCUCUGACCCCGCUGUGACCCGUCACUGUAGGUGUGGCUGUUCCUCUCCUGAGCAGGGUUUUUUUUUAUAGCAGCCAUGUGGCCUUAACAAAAAAACUCAUAGUAAGAAAUGGAUAAUUGAAUACCUAAUUGAGCCGUUUGCCUUCAGAUUAUAUUUGCCAGACCAUCAUGUGAGCCUGUUUUUUAACAUUACCGGGAAUCAGGACUAAGGACUUUAAUCACCUUUUUAUAUCGGGUUUGAUGAUUUGUAAAAGCCGUUACGGUGUCAUUUACAAACAUCUAGUAUUUGUAGUUUUCUAAAUAUCAGUUUAAUUAACUUUUUUUAGAUCAUUUACAGCAAGUAUUCUGCUUGUAAAAGUCCAGGUUGUGCUAAUGGCCUUUUGUCACCCAUCCAGUCUCUUACAACAACACGCUGCUCCUGCUGACUCAGCGGCACUUAGUGCUCAACAUCAGUGAGGUGAAAUGUCGUCUGUAAUUGACUUCUAAAAACCAGUAUAGAGAUAGACAUGUAUAAGUGUUGUCUUUUUUUUAAUACACUCCAGAAGUAUAGAAUGAAGUCUGCUCCAGCAGCUUCAGUCAGCUCUCCUGUCACAGACUGAUGUUUUUCUUGGUGGGUUGGGUUUGAAUGAAUGUGUGCCACUUGUAUCACCUACAGUUUACUGAUCUCCUGUGUUCACAUUAAAGUAUUCAGUCUGGGC